UUUGCGCUUUAUUCACUUUAUUGAAUGUAAAUAAACAAUCCACGCGAAUAUGCGUAGUAACAACUCCUAAGUCACCGUAGCUUUCCGAGCCACAGGUAGCACGGUCAUACUAAUGAGUGUGCAAGACGCGUCCUGGUCAAAAUUCAUUUACUUUUUACCAUACAAAGUGAAGUUUUAGGGUUUCAGAUUUCAGCAGGGAAAUUACGGAUUUACUUGAUUUAUAACCCAAUUACUUAGAAUCCUAGUGCCUUUGUUAAACCUCAAGAAUUCCUUCACUUUUGUUGACGAUAAAAAGGAGGUAGAAUCAUAUGUUAUUUCAUAAAUAAGAUACAGGUGAGGAUAAUUGAAUGUUAAUUCGAAUCCACUCGUGAAUACGCUGACUUAUAUAUCGCGAAAUCCUUGUGGAGUAUUUUGCAUAUACGCAUUGAUGGUGCUCUAAUGGGUUUUGUAAGCAUUCUAGCAGCAAAUGCAUAAUAGGAGCGACGUUUACACAAUGGUAACCUGUUAAAUUGUAUAAAGUGCUACUCCAAUUUCCAUUAUGCAAAACGCAAUAUGCUGUAUAUGCACAGGUAGCCACCAUUUGGCUUGCUUUUUGGCUUAAAAACCUUGGAUCCAAUAUGCUGACUUCAAGAAAGUAUUUAACAGCAAUUCUCAUAUCGGCAUCCCAGUUGUCCGAAAUACUGAGCAACCGUAGGUAUGGCAUAGGGCCUGGCCAUCCUAACUCAUAAUGCAAUACCAUUAAAAUAUACGUUUCCGCUUUGCACAGAUCGCCAACGGUUCCUUCUCCAAGUAGACCACAUGCUUCUUUGUUGCUAGGGGGAUGGAUUUCUUCGUAUUUGGAAGCUAAAAGUAAGGCAGCCAUCCCUAUUUGCUUCAUUUUCGAAAUCGCGACAUUUCUCAAUGAGAAGAAUCUGUCAAAAAUGUUAAUCGUUAAAAAUAAAGUUUCUGGGAGAAGAUUCAUCUCGUAAUGGAUUCCUAUGAUCCAACUUAUGACCACGGUUCUCAUUUCCAGAACGUGAAAAGGAUGAGAAGAUAAAUGACGGUAAUCGGGCAUUAGUCGAGUCUGCGAAAGUUAAUUAGAUUGUAUUUUACUUGGAGAUCCUUACCUCUAAAUGCUUCAUGUGGAAAAAAAUAUCUCUGGCAUAUUCAAUUGAGACUGCAGUAUCUGACUCAUAAUUGGAUUUCAGUUUCUCUUCAAUGUACGCUUCUAUUUCAGUUUCGUCGAUAAAUGUGUUCUCUUGGCUGGUUUCCUCUAAUAUAUCCUCUGGGCUGGUUUCUAAUUCAUCAGACUCAAUGCCAUUAAAUGUCAAGUCAAUUGCUUCUUCUAGAACUGAGUUCUCAUUAGAAGAGCAGGGAAAAUAUAUUUCUUUAAAUUCAUUGUUUAUUCCUUCUCUUCUCGUAUAUUUUCUCUUUUCUUCCGAAUAUGUAUCUCUCGUCUCCGCAUAAUUAGACUGCAGCGGUUUAAGCUCUUUCACUUUCACUGUGGUGAAGUUUUUAUUAUUCGAGUUUUCGUAAUUGUCGAUUUCUUUUAAGGCUUGUCGUUCAAGGCUUGGUUUCAUUUUCAUGGAAAAGCAAGGCUCUCUCAUAUACAUUGAUUCCUGUUUAAGUGCAAAUCAUAAACGAUUAAAUUUCAAUAUGCUGUUUAAUGGAAAUCUUUUUUUGCUUUACGUUAAUUUGAAUUGUUGGUGAAUCUUGAAUUGAGUAGUGAGGUUUUUACAAAAGGUUUGUUUGUUUACAUUUCAGCUAUUUAUGUUUGUUGUCUUAACGUAUCAGAUAUUAUACAACUUGUGAGAAGCGUCAUCUUUAUUCGUAAAAAAUAGAACAGAAGAAAACAAUAAGUUAAUAAGUCACUUAGGAUUCAGACUUGCCUGGUCUUUAUGUUUCAAUUACCGAUAAUUUUCCUUUCUAAUGUGCUUUACUACUCAUGCACUUGACUUAUUAAACAAAUCGUAUAUUUUAACAUUAAUUUGUUUUUUACAGAGAACAAACAAGUACUAUGAAAAUAGAAGAGGCUUGUUUAUGCUCCAUUUGUAACAUACCAACCAACCAAAGUACAAAUAACAUUAUUUUAAGGCUGUAUUUAUAUAGUUUAUAACGAAUACAUGAUCUACUAUAUAUUACAGUGGAAAUUCUUGUUGAUUUAAAAGAAAUAAUGGUGCCUUUUGAAACGAUUGAAACGAUUGAAACGAUUGAAACGCUUGAAACGCGCACUUCCGCCACUAUUUCAAAAUAUAUGGUUUUCCGAUCAAAGUUCAGUUUGUCUUCUAGCUAAAAGCAUAUUCAUUUUAUUUUGGCUGAUAUAAUAAAGCUCAAAAUGCUACAUCCUCAUAAAAUUCCUCGCUUUCCAAUAAAACAACUGAAUUCUGCCAGACCCUUUUUCACAAACGCUCAAUUGCGCAAAAAACGUAAAUUUUUAAGCCUUGGUUUAAGUUCAGCUGGUCUCGGCCUUGCUGGUUUGGCUGGGUAUGCUUGGAAUCAAGAUCGACACGAAAAAAAGCCAACAAAAACUGGUGUUAACGUAGAAGGACCAUGGCACUUUUAUGUACUAAGUACGCUGCCUUUGAGAACACUGUCUCGGUGGUGGGGCUACGUUAAUCGAGUGGAAAUUCCCGUUUCUUUGAGGAAUCCAGGAUUUCGUCUAUAUUCAUGGUUGUUUGACUGUGAUCUGAAAGAAGCUGAAAUACAAGAUUUAAAAGAAUAUCAUAACCUUGCUGAAUUUUUUACAAGGAGAUUGAAACCAGAAAGUCGUCCUAUUGAUCCGGAAGCCCUUCUUGUCAGUCCAGCAGAUGGGAAAGUAUUAAACUAUGGGGUCAUUAAGGGAGGUCAUUUAGAGCAAGUAAAAGGAUUGACCUAUUCUCUAGAGGCACUGUUAGGACAAGAGCAUUUGGCCCGCUUACAAAAAGCGCAUGCUAUUCCUUCGCCAGAGCAUAUUCCACAUAUAAGUCAAGAGGAAUUCGCUCUUGUGAACGGUAUAGAGUAUAGUCUACAAGAUCUAAUGGGACAUAAUAAUGGGUUAUCUCAGAACUCUGUCAAAGAUGCUAGUGUUAACCAGGUUGAUUUGGUGAACUCUACUAAAGUUGCCAUGCGUUCUACAUUUGAUUUCAUGCGUUCUCGAGACCAGAACCUGUUAUAUUACGCAGUUAUUUACUUGGCACCUGGUAAUUAUCAUCGAUUCCAUUCGCCCACAGACUGGGUUGUAGAACGGAGACGACACUUUUCAGGAGAGUUGUUUAGUGUUUCGCCAUAUAUGGUAAGUAGGUUGGGAAAUCUUUUCGUUUUGAAUGAACGAGUAGCUAUGCUUGGUCGUUACAAAUACGGGUUUAUGAGCAUGAUUCCAGUGGGUGCUACAAAUGUUGGAAGUAUUCGCAUCAACUUUGAUAAAGAUCUCUGUACAAACCAGUUUGGACUGUUGGGUCCUACCGGUACUUAUGACGAGGCAGUAUAUACUAAAUCUUCGGCGAUUCUACACGGACAUCCGUUACUGAGGGGUGAGGAAAUUGGAAAUUUUGAACUGGGAAGUACCAUUGUCCUUGUCUUUGAGGCGCCGGCAAAUUUUCAGUUUAACAUCCAACGAGGCCAAGUUGUUAAAGUAGGCCAAUCACUUGGCAACCUUGAAUCUACAGCAUGAGACCACUUUACAUAUAGGAUCAUUCAUUUGUUUUCAAUACUUUUGUCCUUCCUUUUUUGAACGUUUCUACAACUACUGCUUUUUGGACCAAUGAUAUUUUUUGCAUUCGAAAUUUUAUGAUUUAAUCUACAGCAUAUAGCAAAACACUUGUUUGCGCAUAAAAUUACGAGUACUCCAUAAGGAGCAACCGUACUCAACAGCGCAAAGGUUUUUCUAGUCCCUAUUCAUACCGUAACCGGUACCUCCAACUCGAUCCUCGAAAUUUAAUUCCUUCGAAGAGAGUAUAGAAAGAGACAUGCGAGCAAAUUUUAUAUCUUUCAUUUUGCGAUUUGACUUGCACUUUACAUAUUAAAAAAAAGAAGCAUUUAUUUAUGCACCAGGAAUAUUAAAGUAAAUAUGAAAUUUCGUUCAACAAGAGGUAAUAAAUGGUAUAUAUAAUAUAUUGUGACUGUUGUCGAAGAAACAAUUAAUAAACUUUCGCUUAAUAUCGGUUCAAUCAUACAAGUUUUCGGCGUUCUCUUAACGAAGGCUUGAAUAGUUUAGAAAACCAUUCCUUGACCUUUUUCUUGUAAAUAAUAUAUUAGAAUAAGCGUUUCAAUUAAUUCCUAACGACACUUAUAUCUUUCGUGAUGAUGU